GGGGGGCCCCCGGGGAGGGCGGGGGGGCCCCGCGGGCGGACCCGGAGGCGCAGCUGCGGGCGCUGCAGCUGCGGACGCAGCUGGAAGCUGCUGCUGCUGCGGAGUUUGCGGAGAUCGCAGGCAGCACUGUGGACAGUCUGCAGGCAGUGAACUAUUUGCUGCUGCAUGCGGAGAGCCGGCACGCGCAAGUGGCGAAGUCCGCGUCUGCUGCGCUGCAGCUGAGCGGGCUGGUGGAAACUGCAGCAGCAGAGGCGCAGCGGCUGGCCGAGGAAGCCGCGCGCUGCAGCGCAGCAGCUGCUGCUGCUGCAUGCGCCGACAAGGCCGACCGGCUGCGCAGAGAGGCCUUCGAACACGCGAGGGGAGUGCUGCGCUGCGUGGCGGAAAACGGGGCUUGGUACCAGCUGGACUCUGCAGUGCAGAGCGCGGGGCUGCGGCUGCAGCGCAGCCUGGGGGUGCUUUCGCAGCAGAGCCCCCGCGGCAGCCCGCAGCGCAGAGCCGCGCAGUUAAUGAAAGAGGGAAAUGCAAAUGUUGCAAAAAAAAGGUACUUGAGUUCUGCGCAGUUGGUUCCCGCCGGCCGGCACGUGGUUUCGCUGCUGGCGCUCGCGCGCCGCGUCGAGCAGCUCAGCAUCGUGGAACGCAGCCGCCUCAGCAGCGCAGCAGCGCCCGCCUAG